UAAGAUAUCUGCUCAUUUCAGGACUUAAGAAAUUGGUUUGGACAUGAAAUAAACCAUGGUUAGUAGGUCUGUACUUCUUGAUUUGUUCUCUUUUGUGACAAAAGAACACGUACAACUCUGAAGAGAGAUGUUAGUCAAUGACGAAAGGGAAUCACAUGAGUCAAACAGAUAUAACCAAAUUUUUUGGUACUGUUGAAAAAUGUCCCAAGGAUAACUGGUCCCAACAUGCAAGUGCUCUUGCUAAGAUUUCCAACCAAAAUAGCGGAUUGACUUCAAACUUCCUUUUCUCACCGUUAAUACAAAGGCCACCAAGCGACAUUAGGCCUAUGGAUUGUCAGAUUCUGAAUGGUCAGAUGAUGCAAGGCCUGCACCUUGAAAAGGCCUGGCAAGUUCUUUCCAACAGUCUGUCUACCAGAAGUUAUGUCAAACCUGGAAAAAGUGUCCCUUUUGUUAAAAAUGCUUCCUUGGCGUUGCCCAAAAGAGGAGUUACUAAAAUAAAUGCAUAUGAAUCCUCAGAAGCUGUGCAAACACACAACAACGUGUUCACAGCAAAUAGCCCAGUUGGAGAAUCCCCAAGCUGCUUUGGAAAUUCUUCUAAACCUCAGUCUCAUAAUCUUGUAAUAAGUGGAGAUGUUAAAGGCAAACAGAUUUACAGUUCUGGAUUGGUGCCAGGAAACUCUCAUGUAAAACUUUCAAAUAGUAUACCUAGUAAUCACGUGGCCCAUGGAAUGGAAGUUGAAGGCUCUGGUGUUGCUUUUUCUGAUGACAUUGAUGAUGAUGCUAUCCUUGAGAAUAUCGAUGUUGACCAAAUUGUACAGGAGCACUACCAAUCAUGCACACCCCAAUCUAUUUCUAGGACUCCUUCUGUUUCUCCCUUGAUCAAUGAAAACAAUGUGUUUAGGCGCGAAGAUUUGUCUUUCCCAGUAGAACUACAGGAGAACUGCAUGCAUGGUUCAAUGCUAGGAUUAUGUCCACAAUCCUCAAAUCAUUUACAAGACAUGAAGGACAAGCUAAUUGCCAUAGCAAAUGAGCUUCUUGAUAAUGUUACUAACCUGUCUUCAGAAGAUAUUGAGAAGCUUCGCCAAGAAAGGUUGCAUUUGAAAAAACAGUCUCAAGAGCUUGAGAAGUAUCUUCGUGCUAAGGUGGCGAAUGAGGAAAGACAGAAAUCACAAUUUUCUGCAUCCACAGCCUCUCAUAUGGCCUCCGAGUAUCAAACUCCAACAUCUACAUUCAAGCUAGAUUCAAGACGAUUUGAAUCUGAGGGUUUCAUGAAUAGUGGCAGUAAUAUUCAUGAUAUGUGGAAUCCACCAUCAUUGCCAGUAUCUUCUGUAGAUCGGCCUGGUUCUACAUUGUUCCCCACGGAAAGGGAAACUUAUGUUCCAAAGUAUGUUGAUGUUAAAUAUAUUGAAGGUUCGAUUGAUGCAAAGUGGCAAAGUCGUGAUUUCCAUUGGACAAGGAAGUUGGAGGAAAAUAACAAGAGAGUGUUUGGUAAUAACUCUUUCCGCCCCAAUCAGAGGGAGAUUAUCAAUGCCACAAUGAGUGGACAUGAUGUUUUUGUUCUUAUGCCAACUGGAGGAGGAAAAAGUCUUACAUAUCAGCUUCCUGCUCUUGUUGGAUCAGGCAUAACCUUAGUGAUUUCUCCCCUUGUUUCACUUAUUCAAGAUCAGAUAAUGCACCUAUUGCAGGCAAAUAUACCUGCCACUUAUUUAAGUGCCAAUAUGGAAUGGGCAGAGCAACAGGAGAUCUUUAGGGAGCUUUCCUCAGAUUACUGCACAUACAAACUCUUGUAUGUCACACCUGAGAAAGUUGCAAGGAGUGAUGUCUUACUUCGACAUUUGGAGAAACUACAUGCUCGUGAAUUGCUUUCUAGGAUUGUCAUUGACGAAGCACAUUGUGUAAGCCAAUGGGGACAUGACUUUAGACCAGAUUACCAGUGCCUUGGUCUCCUGAAACAGAAGUUCCCAACAACACCAGUGUUGGCUUUGACUGCAACUGCCACAGCUAGUGUAAAGGAAGAUGUUGUACAGGCCCUUGGCCUUGUUAACUGUAUUGUAUUCAGACAAAGUUUCAAUCGUCCGAAUUUAUGGUAUUCUAUUAUUCCCAAGACCAAAAAGUGUAUGGAGGACAUUGACAAGUUCAUUAGAGAGAACCAUUUCGAUGAGUGUGGUAUUAUUUAUUGUCUCUCAAGAUUGGAUUGUGAAAAAGUUGCCGAAAAGCUACAGGAAUAUGGGCACAAAGCAACUUUUUACCAUGGUAGUAUGGACCCUUCUCAAAGGGCUUUAGUUCAGACACAGUGGAGCAAAGAUGAGAUCAAUAUAAUAUGUGCUACAGUUGCAUUUGGGAUGGGCAUCAACAAACCGGAUGUUCGAUUUGUCAUUCAUCACUCCGUUCCUAAAUCCAUUGAAGGAUACCAUCAGGAGUGUGGCCGGGCUGGUAGAGAUGGUCUCCGCUCAUCUUGUAUUUUGUACUAUAACUACGGUGAUUAUAUCAGGGUCAAACAUAUGAUUACUCAAGGAGGGGCGGAGCAGAGUUCAGCAUCUUAUGGAGGUAGUCGUACCAAUACGACCAGUUCUGGAAGGAUAAUGGAAACAAAUACUGAGAAUCUUCGGAAAAUGGUCAGUUAUUGUGAAAACGAUGUUGAAUGUCGACGUCUUCUACAACUCAUUCAUUUAGGGGAGAAAUUUGAUUCUGUCAACUGCAAGAAAACAUGUGACAAUUGCUCCAAGAUGAAAGAACUAGUUGAGAAGGACGUGACUGAGAUUGCAAAGCAAUUGGUUGAGUUGGUGAAGUUAGCAGGACAAAAGUUCUCAUCAUCUCAUAUCUUAGAUGUUUUCAGAGGUUCCCUGAGCCAAAAUGUGAAGAAACAACGACACGAAACUCUGAGCUUGCAUGGAGCUGGGAAACAUAUAGAUAAAGGGGAAGCCUCUCGGAUACUUCACCAUCUUGUUGUUGAGGAUAUUCUACUGGAGGAUGUUAAGAAGAGUGAUGUUUAUGGCUCUGUCACCUCCAUACUAAAGGUAAAUCAACCCAAGGCUUACAAUCUAUAUGCUGGUAUUCAGAAAAUUAAGUUAAGAUUCCAUUCCUCUCUUAAACAAUCUAAACUGAGCAAAACUGAUGCAACUCCGGCAAAAGGAUCAUUAACAUCUGGAAAACAAAGUCCAUCACUUGUGGAGACUCCUGCACAAACUCAACAAGAAACCGACUCUAAUCUCUCUGCCAAGCUUUACACGGCUCUAAGAAGACUUCGAACUGUUCUCCUUAAAGAAGCUGGAGAUGGAGUCAUGGCCUACCACAUAUUCGGAAAUGCGACAUUGCAUCAGAUCAGCAAGAUAAUUCCCAUGACUAAGGAAGAACUACUAGAGAUCCAUGGCAUUGGCAAUGUAAAGGCUAACAAGUAUGGAGAUCGAGUUUUAGAAACAAUUGAAGCGACGAUAAAGGAACAUAAUAAUAAUAAUAGUACAGAUAAGAACAGCAGCAAUGACAGUACAGAUUCAGCAAAGAGGAGAAGAAGGGGAAAAGAAAACGACGAUUUCAUGGAUGAAAGUACCAACAGGUCUAAGAAAAGAGCGACGAAAAAGCCAAUCAAAUCGAAGGAGGAAGCCAUUGAUCAUAUCGAGUUGGAUGAAUAUAAUGAUUGUAUUAAUGCCUUUGUAGAUUUUGAUGAAUCCAACUUGGAUAAUGACAUUGAGAUGAUUAAUGAGUCGCACUGUAAUAACGACAACAAUAACAACGUGAAUGUUGGAGGGAGGAUGCUGCCGAUGUGGUCUGAAUCGACGAGAAGAUAGUAUGAAAGGUAAAUUAUGAUGAUGAAUAAUGAUUUGAUCUUUUUUCUAACUUGUUGGUAAGUUGUUUACUUUGAUGAAAUAAAUUCGAUGAGAAAGUUAAGGUAAUUUGUUAAUCUUGUUUUUGUAUUCUUUUUAGAUUGUUGUUUAGAAGUUGUAAUGAAUCAUUUGCACAUAUAAGGAUACUCUUGUA